AUGUCGCGGCGCUGCUUCAUGGUCUACCCGCUCCCCGCCGUGGCCGACGAGUCGUUUCUGAGCGUCGUCUUCGACGGCGGCGUGCGCCGCAGCGUCUUCGCGGGGUUUGGCCCGCGCCGCUUCGCGCUGGUGGAGUUGCAGGACGACGCCCGCGCGGAGGCGGUGGCGUGUGCCCUGCGACCCGCGCCCCCGCCCCACACGAGCAGCGGCGCGACUGCCGACGCGGCGGAGGACUGCACGCUGGGGGAGUUGUUUCGCGCCCACAUCGAAGAAGCGGGGGGCGGGGCGCCGGAAGCCGGCGCCACGCCGAGCUGCAUUGCACACCUCGCCCGGCUGCGGUUUCGCGGCACCCCGAUUUGCGUGCUGCCGAGUCCCAUCGCGCUCGAGGAGCUCUACAGCUGCGGCGGAAAGCUGCCGCGGCACCGCCCAAUGAAGAGGACAGACACCGACGGGCCGCAGGAGAGCGCGGGUGGAAGGCAGUUGCCGCAGAAGCAACAGCGCACUCCUGCGGAGGGGCGUGCUGCUCCUUCCGGCGAGCACGCGGCGGAGUCGGAGCCACGCAGCACGCCGCCGCGGAAGCGCGCCGCCCGACACGUCUUCCCCGCCGACUGCUGCCAGAAGUGCGGGUCCACGGAUCACUUCACGCGGCACUGCGACGCCGCCGUCCACACCAUUGCGGAGGAACCGGCGAGCCCGCAGGCCCGCCCGGGAUGCGAGCGCAAUAACGAAUGUGUGGCUCCGGCGCAUGCUGGUGCCCCCCACACGGAGCAGGACACGACGCGGCGGCAGCAGCGACCCACCGUGCUGCGCAGCUCAACGGAUCAGUGCAAGUACUGCGGCUCGGGUGCCCACCUCUCUCGGCAUUGCCCCUCAAAGUGA